AAUGAUGUGUGGCUGAUAUGGCGACAGCCAACCCAUCGUCUUCCCGCAAUUUCACCAGCAACUGAACGAAACAUCACAGAAAAGCAGAGAAGUUGAGCCGGAGCAACUGGUGGCGGAGCUCAAUCGGAGAAAAUCAUCGUCAUUAUGUGAACCACAGCAACCGGAGACGCACCUUUUUUGCAAGUACCUUCUCUUGCGAGCCAGCCACAGGGAAGCUGAAAGUCUCUGUUGUCAUGGAGAUCUUUUCUUCAACUUAAAUUCAUGGAGGUGGUCGGACCAGUGAAAUUGUUUUCAUCGUCACCGGCGAAUACAGUUUCAGGCCUCUGCUACUCUGCCUCCUCUUAUACUUCCUCUUUCUCUCCCCCGAAGAAGAAGAAGAAAAAGAAGAAGCUUCUUGUAGUGUCAAAGAGCAAAAAGCAGCCUCAAACUUCAUCGCUGCAGGGUGGUUCUGAUCCUCCUCCGAGAAUUACGUCAAAUCUGAAGCAGAAUUUGCAGUUUCUAAGGUUGUGGAAGGAGUUUCAAAAGAGAAAAUCUGGCACACCUAAGCCUGCUACUAGUUAUCGGAGGAAGAAGGUAGAGAAGGAGGACCUCCCAGGAGAUACGGAUCUCUAUCGCGAUCCUACAUUGGCUCUUUACUAUACAAACCAGGGCAUAGACAACGCAGUCCCUGUCUUGCUUGUUGAUGGUUAUAAUGUGUGUGGCUACUGGGUGAAAUUGAAGAAACAUUUUAUGAAUGGGAGACUUGAUGUGGCUCGCCAAAAGCUAAUUGACGAGCUUAUUACAUUCAGUAUGCUGAGAGAGGUGAAAGUGGUAGUUGUAUUUGAUGCGAUGCUGUCUGGACUCCCGACGCACAAAGAAAACUUUGCUGGAAUUGAUGUGGUUUUUUCAGGUGAGUCGUGUGCAGAUACGUGGAUUGAAACAGAGGUUGUAGCUCUGAAGGAGGAUGGAUGUCCCAAAGUUUGGGUAGUGACUUCUGAUAUCUGUCAGCAGCAUGCAGCCCAUGGAGCAGGAGCCUUUAUUUGGAGUUGCAAGGCAUUAGUUUCUGAGAUUAAAGCAUCAAAAAAGGAGGUUGAAAUGAUGUUACAAGAACACAGAUCGACAUCUUUCCAGGGGAAAUUGUUAAAGCAUAAUCUUGAUUCAGAAGUUGUCAAUGCCCUCAAUGAUCUCAAAAGGAAGCUAACCGAAAACGAAUCAAGUUAGAUGGCAAGUUUGUUUGCAUCGAUACUCUCUUUCUAUAAUCCAUUCUUUCUGCUUCAUUAAUUUAAGCUGAAUUUGAAGUUCAUAGGCAUGUCACACAGUUUGUUUCAACUCAUAUCUGUUUUAAGCUGAUUAAUGGAGGAUGAAAUCAGAUUGUUUCUUAAAUCUUCUAGACUUGUGACAGAAAAUAGCCACGAGUUUGUUGAUAUUGGUCAUUGGAUGAAGGUCUAGGCUCCAUAGGCUUUCCCAGUUCCAGAUGUAGGGUCUCUAAAUUCCAAAAGUGAUGAAGAGGAGCAUAGUGUGUUUGUGCAUGACAUGCUUUGCAUAUUUAACACGUAGAAGGUGGCACGUGAGAAGGAAAUUAAAAGAAAGCCAUUUGUAGAAUAGCUUUUUAGUUCAGCUUUGGCCCAUCAUUAAAUGAAAACAGAGCUACCACCACCGCUUUUGGAAGUCAUGAGUUAAUGGCGAGUUCUGGUUUAAGAGAGUUUUUAUGUAAAGUUUGUAGCCAUAUCUAUCUUUUGUGCAGAAACUAGGUUGGAUUUUGCCAUAUUAGAUGUUUGGUUUGGUUAUAAAUGUUGAAGACGCUACACCAAUACGUGUAAUUUUGGUGGCGACGAUUGACUCAUUUGGUUUUAGUGAAUAUUGUUAAGGUAUCUGCCGUAAUCCAUCAGGAUUCAAUGGUGUUUUAA